AUGGAUCCAAUAUCUGCGGUUAGCGAAGAGCUGGCUGAGAUCGAAGGACAAAUCAAUGACCUUUUCCGUGCUUUGUCAAAUGGAUUCCAGAAGCUGGAGAAGAUCAAAGAUGCUAAUAGGCAAAGUAGGCAGCUUGAAGAACUCACUGACAAAAUGCGUGACUGUAAGAGUCUUAUUAAAGAUUUCGAUAAGGAAGUUAAAAGCUUGGAAACCGUAAACGAUGCCAAUACUAACCGGAUGUUGAACGAUAGACGACAAUCUAUGGUUAAGGAACUAAACUCAUAUGUUGCUCUUAAGAAGAAAUACUCAUCAAACCUAGCAAGCAAUAAUAAGCGAGUAGAUCUAUUCGAUGGACCCGCAGAAGAACAUAUGGAAGAGAACGUCUUACUAGCUUCAAACAUGUCCAAUCAAGAACUAAUGGAUAAAGGAAAUUCGAUGAUGGAUGAGACAGAUCAAGCCAUUGAAAGAGGGAAAAAGAUUGUUCAAGAGACGAUAAAUGUGGGAACAGAUACUUCUGCAGCUCUCAAGGCUCAGACCGAGCAAAUGAGUAGAGUUGUCAAUGAACUUGAUUCUAUUCAUUUCUCACUCAAGAAGGCCUCUAAGCUGGUCAAGGAAAUUGGUAGACAGGUUGCCACGGACAAAUGUAUUAUGGCAUUUCUUUUCCUUAUUGUCAUUGGUAUUAUAGCAAUCAUCAUCGUCAAGAUUGUGAACCCAAACAACAAAGAUAUCCUACCAGGCCUAGCUCCACCAGCCAUGAACAGACGUUUACUCUGGAACCAUUACUGA